AUGAAGGCACGGACAAUUUCAAAAUCCCUGCCAAAUAUAUUAGAGGUCAUUCACAAGUAUGCUGAACCCGGGACCAGUCUAAAGACCUACAGUGUUCACAAAGUGCAUGGCUUUUGGGAAAAUGUCUCAAGAGAUUUGGGAGUGCCUAAUACAUGUCUUAAUAGGAAAAAAAUUCUCAAAGCAGUCCUGCAGUAUGAAAAGACCACAUCAGGGGUAGAGGGUCCCUUGCUACAGACUGAUUUUCCUACUGCAGAGACAACCCUUGGAGAUGAUGUUCCUUCCAUUAAUGAGGAAGACAUUGUUCUUGUGCCAAAGUCUCCACAAUCUGUAGGAAAUGUACCUUUACCUUCAAGAAAAGAGGAUGCACUUCAAAAAACUGCAGAGAGCGGCAUCCAUACCCCAGACACACAAUCCCUCGAGAGUGACUCUAAAUCUUCAUCUUCAAAUGCAAAUGCUACGAGGAAUGAAUCAGAUGAAUCAGCUAAGGUCAACACAGACAGUAGCAGUUCAGGAGAAAGAUUUUUCACAUCUGGUUUGCCACAGCAGAAAACUUUCUUUUUCAUAAAUGAGAAUGAAUGGAAGGAGUUACGGCAACAUCAGUCAGGAAGAAUAUUUAAAGGACUGCAUUGGACAAAUAUAAUUGCUAGUGGAAUCAGAACCCUAAAUCCGUACUGCAGUUUUGGAUUUCGAGACACAGUGUGA